AUGGCUUCUAACUAUGGCUCUUCUAUCCAAAUUCCUGCCUAUUCCCUCCCCGUUGGCACAGGAUCGCUCCCUUUGCUCCACGAGCAAACCCAUAUCGACAAAGUCCGUGAGGCUAUUUCCAAUACGUCAGACAAAUUCAUAUAUAACUACUUUGUUUCCAUGGGAGAAUCCGCCAUCACUAUGCAAUUACGCUUGUUGGCUAAGAAAGUAGGUGCUGGUAGCAUCACAUCUAACAAGUCCUGGAAAGUACUGCUCUCCCAACUCCCUAUAGAUAGAUCAUUGCCCUUUAUCAGUAGCGAAUUGGCUAUCUUCUGGCCCCCGAUGCUGACUAUUCGCGACACCAUUCUGUCUGAAGAACAACUAGUCAUCCUUUCGGAACACUAUCGUCUACGUGAACAUCUUCUCCCGGAUCACAGGAGACGCAAGCGAUGGAUGAAUACGAAAGCCUAUACCUCAAAGCUCUUCUUGGUAUACAUAGCCGGAUAUAUACAGUCCCUCAAGCCUAGAUCCCCAUUGAAGUGGCUGAGUUGUACGAUGGUCGUCCUUAUCAAUGGUAUGAUUGACGAAUGCCUCGACAGAAGGGUCCAGAUCGGGGUUCCAAAACUUGUACAGGAGCUUCCCGAUGGUUCAAUGGGUGCAAGUCCUACUAGUAGUCAAGAAAAAUCAUUUACUACCUCGGACGCCGCUGAGACCAACCCUGUAGAAGGGCCUAGUAACCGCCCGACUAUAAACCAGCUACUAGAGCAAGGGUGGAAGUAUUCUGAAUCGAUGGUAAACAUUUCAGGUCGGCCUUUCUGGCACGUUGUAUUGUUCACCGAAAGUAUUGAGCCUAUUUCUGUCGUGAGAGAAACUCUAGACCAGGCCAAGUACGAAGCCACAGAGGCGGCAGGAAAGCUAUACUCAAAAGAUUCUACUUAA